AGAAAGAAGAAGCACAGCAGCCGUGGCCGAGCUGCGCUGGAUAAUACAAACGCGCUUGGGACGUAACACGAUUUUUGAGGCUACGUUUAUUCACAGAAAACUUCUGCGGUUCCGGAGCCAUUGCCCAUUUUUCGCCUUUGUAAAGGAUGUAUUUUUGUUAAAGACCAUCUUCAGGCGUUGGAAACGUUUCCAUCGAAAUGGAAGGGAAUAUCCCAUGGAUUAUUUUGGCGUUUUUGUUGCUUAUACAUCUGUGUGAAGGUUUCCGAUGCAUGGAUAAAAACAGGCCGUGUGAGAACGGAGGGACGUGUAUAGAAUCAUCUUCAAAAUGCAUAUGCCGACCUGGAUAUAUAGGCCCUCUUUGUCAAUUCCUGGAUCCCUGUCAUCGGAUUCAGUGUCUCAAUGGAGGAGCGUGCAAGAGCCAAGUGGUCAAUGGUAUUGCACAAUACAGCUGUGUGUGCCAGAGAGGCUUCAGAGGCCAAGACUGUUCUCUAAUAGAUGCCUGUGCCACAAGUCCCUGUGCCAAUGGGGCGCGCUGUGUUAAUUGGAAUAAUCACUACAACUGCUCCUGUCCACCUGGCUUUCAAGGCAAGAACUGUCGCAAUGAUAUAGAUGAGUGCAGGAAGCCAGGUGCCUGCCUCAAUGGAGGCCUCUGCAUGAACACUCAUGGGUCAUUCCGAUGUCAAUGCCCACACGGGUACAGUGGGCGCACAUGUGAAAUACCCAUCAUCCCCUGCUCUCCAUCCCAGUGCCUCAACGGUGGCACAUGUCGACAAACCAGUGACCUCACCUAUGAGUGUGCAUGUUUGCCAGGCUUUGAGGGACACAACUGUGAGAAUAAUGUGGACGAUUGCCCAGGCCAUAAGUGCAUGAAUGGAGGGAAAUGUGUAGAUGGUGUCAACACCUACAACUGUCAAUGCCCGCCAGAAUGGACAGGACAGUAUUGUGCGGAGGACGUAAAUGAAUGUCUCAUGCAGCCUAAUGCCUGCCACAAUGGUGGCACCUGCUUCAACAUCAUUGGAGGACAUACCUGUGUGUGUGUGAACGGCUGGACUGGAGACGACUGCAGCGAGAACAUCGACGACUGCGCCACAGCAGUGUGCUUCAAUGGAGCUACAUGCCACGACCGUGUGGCCUCUUUCUUCUGCGAGUGCCCUGUGGGGAAGACCGGUUUGCUAUGUCACCUUGACGAUGCUUGUGUCAGUAACCCGUGUAAUGAAGGUGCUGUGUGUGACACUAACCCUCUGAAUGGUCGAGCCAUUUGCACCUGUCCCGCUGGCUUUGUGGGAGGAGCCUGCAACCAGGACAUGGAUGAGUGUUCUAUUGGAGCAAACCCCUGUGAGCAUUUUGGAAAAUGUGUCAACACAGAAGGCUCUUUCCAGUGUCAGUGUGGCCGCGGAUACACAGGACCUCGAUGUGAAAUAGAUAUCAAUGAAUGUCUUUCUAUGCCCUGCCAAAAUGAUGCAACUUGCCUGGAUCGCAUUGGAGAGUUCACCUGCAUCUGUAUGCCAGGAUACAUGGGAACAUACUGUGAAGUUGACAUAGAUGACUGUGAGAGCAACCCAUGUGUAAAUGAUGGCAUCUGUCGAGACAUGGUUAAUGGCUUCACAUGCACCUGUCAGCCAGGCUUCACUGGCACCAUGUGUCAGAUCGACAUCGAUGAGUGUGCAAGUACACCGUGCCAGAAUGGAGCCAAAUGCUACGACCGGCCCAAUGGCUUUGAGUGCCGCUGUGCUGAAGGUUAUGAGGGCACACUGUGUGAGAGUAACAUUAACAACUGCCAGCCUGACCCCUGCCAUCAUGGGACAUGCAUUGAUGGCAUUGCCAGCUACACCUGCAACUGUGAUGCAGGUUAUACUGGGUAUCGCUGUGAGAACCAGCUCAAUGAGUGCCACAGCAACCCCUGUCAAAAUGGAGGCAAGUGUGUGGACCUGGUCAACAAGUACAUGUGUCAAUGUCAACAUGGGACCUCAGGCACAAACUGUGAAAUAAACUUUGAUGACUGUGCUAGUAAUCCAUGUGAUUAUGGUAUUUGCAAGGAUGGCAUUAAUCGUUACGACUGUGUUUGCAAACCUGGCUUUACAGGCCCCAAAUGCAAAGUGGAGAUAGACGAGUGUGCAUCCAGCCCCUGUAGAAAUGGAGGUACAUGUGUGGAUGAGGAGAAUGGCUUCCACUGCCAGUGCCCAGAAGGGUUCAAGCCCCCAUACUGUUACUCCCAAGUGGAUGAGUGCGGAAGUAGCCCUUGUGUCCAUGGUACCUGCAGGGAUGACAUCAAUGGCUAUCGAUGUGAUUGUGAACCUGGUUGGGUGGGAAAGAACUGCGAUCUAGACCGGAACGAUUGUUUGCCUAGUCCUUGUCAGAACGCUGGCACCUGUAUUGAUCAACUCAAUGGUUUUAGCUGCAAAUGUCGACAAGGCUUUAGAGGUAAUCUUUGCCAGGUGAAUAUCAAUGAGUGUGCAUCCAGCCCUUGUCUAAACAAAGGGACUUGUGUGGAUGGUGUGGCCAGUUUCACCUGCAUCUGCGAGCCCCCCUACAGUGGUCCUACUUGUGCAGAAGUUCUCACUCCUUGCUCCCCAAACCCCUGUGCCAAUAAUGCCAUAUGCACCCAUACCGCUGACUACUUGGGCUAUCAGUGUAAAUGCCAGCAAGGAUGGCAAGGCCAACUUUGUAACAACGAUAUCAAUGAGUGUGUUAGCAAUCCUUGUAAGAAUCGUGGGACGUGCACAAAUACACUCGGUGGCUUCAUGUGUUCAUGUAGAGGUGGCUUCACAGGGCCAAACUGUGAAACGGACAUCAACGACUGUUCUCCAAACCCCUGUUUGAAUGGAGGUUCCUGCACGGAUGGGGUGAAUUCAUAUCACUGUAGUUGCCUGCCAGGAUUCACAGGCCCUCGCUGUGCCUUGGAGAUCAACGAAUGUCAAAGUUCCCCUUGCAAAAAUGGAGCCACAUGCAAAGACUACGUUAACUCUUAUACUUGCACAUGCAGGCCUGGUUUUACCGGCAUCCACUGUGAAACGAACAUCCCUGACUGCACGGAAAGCUCAUGCUUUAAUGGAGGGACAUGCACAGACAAAAUCAAUGGUUACGCCUGCACUUGCCGCUCUGGGUUCACUGGCUCUCACUGUCAGUAUGAGGUGAAUGAGUGCGACUCCCAGCCCUGUCUGAACGGAGGCAUAUGCCAGGACGCACUUGAGUCUUUCCGCUGUUCUUGUCCCAAGGGCUACACUGGCAACCGUUGCCAGACUCCAGUCGACUGGUGUAGACGAUCCAAUCCCUGUCAAAAUGGAGGCCGCUGCCGACAAAGAGAUGCUACCUUCAGCUGUGAUUGUACAGGUGGUUGGUCUGGACGUUAUUGUGACAUCCCUAAGGUCUCAUGUGAGACAGCAGCACGCCAAAGAGGUAUUCAAACAGAUGAACUCUGCUACCAUGGUGGUCACUGCGUCAACACAGGCAUCGCUCACUUUUGUAAAUGUCCCGCUGACUACACUGGCAGUUACUGUGAAAGCCAAGUGGAUCACUGUGAGGACAAACCCUGCCACAAUGGCGCCACCUGUAGGGGAUAUGUGGGAGGAUACCAGUGUGAUUGUAUGCCAGGCUACACCGGACAGAACUGUGAGAUUGAGAUCAAUGAAUGCCAGUCUCAUCCAUGCCAGAACGGAGGCACCUGCAUUGAUCUGGUGGGACAUUACAUUUGCUCCUGCCCUCCUGGGACAUUAGGUGUGCUUUGUGAGAUCAAUGAAGAUGACUGUGCCCCACCCCUGAGGCUGCGCAAUGCCCCUCCAAAGUGUUUGAACAAUGGAACCUGUGUGGACCGAGUGGGGGGCUAUCGCUGUAACUGCCCUCCUGGAUUCACUGGAGAGAGGUGUGAGGGUGACAUAAAUGAGUGUCUCUCCAAUCCCUGCAGUCCCUCCAACAGUCUGGACUGCAUCCAACUACCCAAUGACUACCUUUGUGUCUGCAAGCCAGGAUACACAGGUCGGAGAUGUCAAAACCGAUUUAGUGUGUGUGAGUCUCACCCUUGUCAAAAUGGAGGGGCUUGUUCUAUAUCAGGCAGCUCUGCAUUAGGAUACGCAUGCACUUGUCAACUGGGUUAUACUGGUCCUAACUGUGAGAGAAGCAUGUCUUGUCGGGAGCUUUCUUGCUACAAUGGAGGAAGUUGUGCCCUGACCACACGAGGAGCACGUUGUACAUGUCUGUCAGGUUACGGGGGACCCCAGUGUCAGCAUCGCACCAAUGAAGGCUGUUCAUCUAAGCCCUGCCAAAACGAUGGACUGUGCACAGAGGAGACCAGUUUCCCCUACUUUCACUGUCAGUGCCGCAGUGGGUUUAAAGGGAAACGUUGUGAGCAGGUCAGCACCGUGGCCGAGCCCCCAGUACCUUCGUGCCCUCUGACCGACUGUCACAGCAAAGCCAAUGACGGCGUCUGUGAUAAAGAGUGUAAUUCCCAUGCGUGCCAGUGGGAUGGAGGGGACUGCUCUCUCAGAGUGAACCCCUGGGCGCGCUGUCCAGAUCCUCGUUGCUGGCGUCUUUUCAACAACAGCCAGUGUGAUGAAUUCUGUAACAACGCUGACUGCCUUUUUGACAACUUUGACUGCCGAAAGGAAAAAGUGUGCAACCCCUUGUAUGAGUCUUAUUGUAUUGCCCACUACGCUGAUGGCCAGUGUGACCAGGGCUGCAACAUGGAGGAGUGUGGUUGGGACGGCAUGGACUGUGCGCAGACAGUGCCUGAGCAAACGGCUGAUGGUGUAUUGGUCCUGAUUGUCCUUCUACCACCUGAGCAGCUCAUGCGCACACAAACAGCUUUCCUGCAAAAGUUGAGUGCCAUUCUGCACACUACUUUGCGUUUCCAAGUGGACAACAAUGGUGAAGCCAUGAUUCGUCCGUACACCCGAUGGAAGUCCCGCAUCAAGCGAGAAUUACAGCCACAGGAGGAAGUCAUUGGCUCAAUUGUAUACUUGGAAAUAGACAUUCGUCUGUGUCCAAAGGAAAAUGAAGACUGUAUCAAAUCAGCUGAUAGUGCUGCAGAAUACUUAGGGGCACUUAGUGCAACAGAUAUGCUCCCGUUUCCUUACCCUCUCAAAGAAGUCAGCGUAAAAAAGGCAUCUUCCCCUGAUGUUCUACCUCAGUGGGUCAAGUUGAUGCUGGUUGGUUCAGCCUCCCUCUUCCUCUUGGUGAUCCUGGUCAUCGGCAUGUUGAUCGCCCGUAGAAAGAGAGAGCACAGCACUCUGUGGUUCCCAGAAGGAUUCUUCCUUAAGAAAGAGCCAAGCAGCAACAAGAAUCGGAGGGAACCUGUUGGCCAGGAUGCCUUGGGAUUGAAACACAUUCCCAAAACAGUAGAAGAAUCUCUCCUUGGAGAUCACAGUGAGCAAUGGAUUGACUCAGACUGCCCAGAAGCAAAAAGACUUAAGGUCGAGGAGCCAAGUAUGCUCUCAGACAGUGAAGAUGCAGUAGACAGCAGACAAUGGACCCAACACCACCUUGCAGCUGCAGACAUCCGUGUGCCUCCAACUAUGGCCCUAACUCCGCCUCAGGGAGAAUUUGAAAGUGACUGUAUGGAUGUAAAUGUACGAGGACCAGAUGGCUUCACCCCUCUGAUGUUGGCAUCGUUUUGUGGUGGAGGCCUUGAGUCAGAGGUGGCAGAAGAAGAGGAAAGUGAGGAGUGUUCGGCCAACAUCAUCUCUGACCUCAUCUACCAGGGCGCAUCCCUCGCUGCGCAAACUGAUCGCACAGGCGAGACAGCACUGCACCUGGCUGCUCGCUACGCCCGUGCUGAUGCUGCUAAGAGGCUCCUGGAUGCUGGAGCAGACGCCAACGCACAGGACAACACUGGGCGGACACCUCUCCAUGCAGCAGUGGCUGCAGAUGCACAGGGGGUCUUCCAGAUUUUAAUUAGAAACAGGGCUACUGAUCUGGACUCCCGCAUGUACGAUGGCUCCACUGCUCUCAUCUUAGCUGCCAGGUUAGCAGUAGAGGGUAUGGUAGAGGAACUUAUCACAUGCCAUGCUGAUGUUAAUGCGGUCGAUGAAUUAGGUAAAUCUGCACUUCACUGGGCAGCAGCAGUGAAUAAUGUAGAUGCCACUGUGGCAUUGCUGAAGAAUGGUGCAAACAAAGAUAUGCAAGAUCUCAAGGAGGAGACCCCUCUGUUUCUGGCUGCACGUGAGGGAAGCUGUGAGGCUGUGAAGGUGCUCCUGGCUCACUUUGCUAAUCGUGAAAUCACAGAUCACAUGGACAGACUGCCCCGGGACAUUGCACAGGAGCGCAUGCACCACGACAUAGUGCAGCUUCUGGAUGAGUACAACACAGUGAGAAGUCCUCAGGGCCAUGGAGGGGCUGGACACCACCUGCCUGGGGCACACACACUCUCUCCUCUCAUGUGCCCUCCAAGUGCCUUCCUCCCAAGUCUGAAAACCACCCCUCAAGGAAAGAAGAACCGCCGACCCGGAUCAAAGGGCUCAGGCCUAGGAGGCCAACAUAGUAGUCUGAAGGAGUCUGUGAAAGCACGCAAUAAGAAGUUAACCUUAGACAUGCAGAGUGCAUUACUGGAGAGUUCAGUCACUCUGUCCCCUGUUGACUCUCUGGACUCGCCCCAUGGAGGAACAAGCAAUGCUGGCUACAUCACCAACCCCACAUCACCAGUGGCUAUGCCUUCUCCAGGCCUCUUCCACUCAUCUAUGUCUGUGCCAACCACCCCGAUGGUGCACAGUAGCCUAAUGGAUGGAGCUGGCCCCUUUGCGGUAUCUCUGGCACAGCUCAAUGACCUGGGAACUGGGGGCAUGUCCCUGCAGGGUCGUGUGUCCAUGCCCUCUGAUGUUAACCAUGGCUUUGUGCUGAGUUCAGGUCAGAUGGGGCUCAACAUGGGCAUGGUCAGCCCGGUCAGUGUGCCCUUUGACUGGCACAGUCGGAUGCCUCCGUCCUCUCAAUGUGGUCAGCAGGUUGUGAAUCUGGUCCAUAGCAGUCAGGCAGGCAUGCACCCGCAGAGCCCUGCACUUCAGCAACAGAACAUGAUGCUCCACCAGCAGAUGUACCGCAGCUCCAUGCUCCAGCCCACACCGGUCAGUGCUGCUCCCUCCAUCAGUCCAGUCAAACUGGCCUCUAUCGCAGAGCACCAGCAGCAGCUGAUCAGUCUGACCACAUCCACACCCCCCACACCCCAGAGCUCUCAGCCUGCCCCCUCCUUCUUUCAACAGCAGGCACAGCAGAUGUCUCAGCCGCCUGCACAACAGCAGCCACAGACUCAGCCGGCACAAACCUCCACUCCAAUAACACAGACCCCACAGCCACUGCCCCCACAGCCCAGUGCGAGUACUGCAGGGACAGAGGACUAUCCCACCCCUCCCUCUCAACAUAGCUACACUUCUGCACUGGAUACGACGCCCAAGCAUUACCUCCGUUUGCCCAGUGAGCAUCCCUACCUGACGCCCUCCCCUGAGUCCCCCGAGCCCUGGUCCAGCCCCUCUCCUCAGUGUGUUUCUGAUUGGUCAGAUUCUACCCCCAGUCCAGCGGUCGCUGGUGCGGCUCAGACCCAAAUUUCCCAACUCCCAGAGGCCAAUGGAAAGAUGCAAGUGUUUGCAUGAAGCCCCUAAACACCUGUGUAAAAAGGACACUGGCAAAAAUGUGUGACUGGCUUCUGGCCCGUCCGUGUUUAUAUGUGUCAGCCUGUUUCCAAGAUUUUCAUUGGAUUUGGAUUGACUGUAUUGUGAGGACCGUCUGCUAAUGAUGAUUGCAGAGAAAAAUGUAAAGGGAAAAGUGUGUUGCCUGGUAAAGUAACAGGCAAUUAAUGAAGUAAUUCUGUCACAGAUGGACUUGUUUUUUAUUAUAAAAAAUAUAUGAAGAAACUUAAGUCUUUAAUUUCAAAGACUUAGGAAUGUUUUCCUGAAACUAACAUUUACAAGUAGAAAGAAAAAAUUAAAUGUUGAAGGGAAUUCAUUUAUUUUUAUUUAUUAUGUUUUUAUUUUCUUUUUAAACAUUUUAGGUGGAAUCUAUCUUUCUGUCCUGGUAACAAUUCAAAUGUGCAUAAACUCCUUUGAUACAGACUGACUACAUUUCUGAGCAAACGUGGCUUCCAUAACAUUUAUUUAGGGCAGUUAAUUGAAAGAGAAUAUCCACCUGAGUUUAUUUAUUUAGGCCUUCAAACUUGGUCGAAAUGUUAACCAGGUUCUAGCAAAUAUAUAAAAGUAGCCAAGCAUUAGUGAUACUUUCUGACUUAAUUGAACUGUGGUAAUUAUUUACUUUCCAUAUGAGUAUUAUGAGUAAGAAUGUACAUCAGCGUCUUUAAAGCACUUCAAGUGACCAGCCUGUGGGUCUGUGUGGGUCCAACAAUAUUCUUCAAUGCAUAUUUAUCAUAAAAGGGUGGCACUGAAGCUAUCACUUUCCUUUUGACUUUUGUAAGACUUCCAACAACAAAAUGUAGCAUCUCACUGAGGGCUUUCUAACAUAGUCUACUGCCAGCCCAGACAUCAUUAAGUUUGUGAUUAUUCACUUAGCAUUGGUCUGCUUACAGAGUCAGCUUGUCACUGCCUUUUUGGUUUUGUUUUCAUUUUUUAUACUUGUAUAUUUGUGAAAUCUGUGGAUACAUUAUAACAUACUCAGAUGUACUAAGCUAAACUUAUACAGCUGCUAUUUUAUAUCAUUUUCCUGCCUAAAGGCUGAGUCUGUCAAAUGGCGACAUUGUUUUAGGCCCAUGUCAUGUCCCUCUAUGGACUAAAACUAACAUUCCUAGGUUCCUGUAGCUGAGGUGGUCUCGGGUGGGUUGCAGUGGGGUGAUGGCUGCUGGUCUCUGUCUGCUUGUGCCCGGUCACUCCUCAGGGAGGUCUUUUAUGGCAUGCAGGGGGCGCUCUCUGCAUCUACAGCAGCUGUCCAGGACCAUAAAGUCUGCUUCUAAACUUUUAAGUUAGUGAAGGGCACAACGCUGCUAUGUAGUGCUGCAUCCUUUGGCUUUAACAUAAGUUUAGGAGGGCACUUGUUUCCCCACUGCCGCUACCUGAGACUAGUUAAAGCCAUAGUUUUUCUUGAUAGAUUUCUAAACAUAUAGAGAAGGACAUUACUGAUGUGGCAGCCUGCUAUCACAACCUGUAAGUGUCAUUGUUUUAUUUCACCCUGCACUAGAUUGUCUGAGCUGGGAACCACACUAUAUGUUGUUGUUGUUGUUCACAUUUCAUUGCAGACUGUGCACUCUGAGUGGUUAUGUUUUUUGUACAUUUCAACAACCCAUUUCUGUUGUAAAUAUGAUUGUUUUGGGUAGUUCUUUGCUUAAGAAGUCUUAUGCCUCUAAAAUGAUUAUGUACUAAUAAGAACAAAAAUAAAAUGUACUUCUUUUAGCAUUA